AUGGUUUUGAAAGAUUCAAAAUGGGACAAGAGAGCAAAAUACAAGUAUAUGAAAAAACAUGGAUUGUUGAAAAAAACAGAAAGCCCGUCGAUAGUUCCGAAAUGGACGUCGAAAAAGAAAGUAGAACCAGACAAGAAUAAGAUCAGUUUGGAAGAUUCAGAUGACGAAUGGGACUCUGAUGUUGAUGAAGCAUUGAUAAAUCAUUUUUACCCACUGUUGAGUGCUGGAGAUGCGUUAACUAAAGAGCAAAAGAUUAAAAUAAAACAACAAAUAUUGAAGGACCUAGAAGGAGGGGAGGGGGAAGGUGAGGUGGAGGAGGCAAAAGGGGAAGGUGAGGUGGAGGAGGCAAAAGAGGAGUUGGAUGGAAUUUAUUUGGGAAAGCAGGAGCAGGUUGUACCAACAACGUUUAAUCUAGAAGAGUUUAUAAGCGGGAUUAAACAGAAACCAAACAAAUCCAAGAAAUUGCUAAAGAACAAGAUGUCAGAAAACUUUCUACAAGAGUACGGGUUGGAUAGUUACAGUUACGGAAAAGAUGACUAUAAUGAUGUAUCAAUUGCAAAGCAAAAGCAAAAACAAGAUCACUGCAAGAGAAUAGUCAAUGAGCUUACAUCGCGUAGGAUCGACGAGUAUAGAAUUGGCCAAGACUUGGAUCAACAAACGGACUCUAUCCGUGUACUAACUGCGGAGGAGAAAGAAGAGGACAAAAGAAGACAACAACUAGUCGAACAGGAUAGGUUUUAUAAAGAAAUGAAGAGAAAGUUUGGUACACAAGUGAGGAAGCCUCAAAGAGUGAUUGAAGUAAACAAUUUCAAUGUAAAUGACACAGAAAAGCUACGCCAUUUACAAGAGAAAAUAGAACGACAUCCUAGUACCAAUGAUCAACAUACAUUGGAAGAGGAUAUUGAUGAACUACUUGGGGUAGAUAAACCGCUUUUCACUAAUGAUCCUGAGGAAGCAUUAGGAAAACUAAGUAUCACUGAAAAAGGCACAUCAAGCCUUCCUAUGUGCACAGCAGCGACGAGCUCGAUUACGCCGGCAGCGGCUUCGUGCAAAGACAAUGAAGCCAUUCGUCUAUUUGAAAAAGCUAUGGAGAAAGAGUUACAAGGGUUGAUGUCGGAUGCAGUUGAGAACUAUAGGAAGGCCUUUAAGUUGAAUGAUCAGGUGGAUACAUUAUAUCGAUCUUGGAAAGUACCUUGUGCAAAUACCAAGCUUAAAAAGGAAAGAGGAGAAAACUUUAUAGCCCGAGUGGAUGAAAGAGCAGUGGCCAAGAUUAAUGUGGAUGAAUUAAUCUUGAGUUUUGCCAAUAUUCAAAUAGAGCCAAGAGUGCAACGAGACGAAGCGGCUGGUGGACAAGAGAGACAAGGCAAGCAAGAAACGUUUUCACCCUUGGUUCAUUUGCCGCGUGACAUAUGGAUAUAUAUAUUGGAAAUUCUUGUUAUCACGAGUCCCGAAUCCUGGUUCAACAUGUCUAUAACUUGUAAAAAGUUUUCGUUUUUUGGGUUUGGGAGCAACCCCAUAUGGAGGACACUUUGUGAGUUGAUUUAUCCAAAACAGGUUUAUGAGGAAAACCAAGGACGUUUUGAAAUGGCUGUACCAAUUGACCAGUUGCAAAUAGUACCGCAAUUCGAGAAUUGGAAGACUAUGUUGCAUCAAAGGCCAUUUAUCAAGUUUUUCGGCUGUUAUAUUAGCGUUAUUAACUAUUACAGUGAAGGUGGUAGAAGCGAAUAUUCCUUAUCGUGGACAAACCCUGUGCGUACAAUCACAUACUAUAGAUACUUGAGAUUUUACCCCGACGGCACGGUUUUGAAGGUGCUAACAGUGCUACCGCCAAACCAAGUUGUGCCGCAUUUACGAAAGGAGAACAAGGGGUUGAUUCCCUUUAGUGAAGAAAAACUUGAAAAAGAAGCACACAAGAUAUAUACCGGGAAAUGGACAAUAAACACUUCUGGAGAGGUGCACAUCAAGAUAGAAAAAGGGUCUGUAUCGUAUUUAACAUUCCACUACUAUUUCAAUAUCAAAAAUAUGGGAAUAAACAAACAUGCAAAAUUAAGUUGGAACAGAUACUUUGCAGUUAGAAAAGAGGACACAUCAGCAAAUAAUAAUAACAACGACAACGACAACGACAACGACAACGACAACGAUAACGUUCAUGACAGAGCCGGAGAGAUUUUCAACUACUCAAUUCGUAAUGAAAAGCCAUUCAAGUUUCUGAGAGUAAAGAGUUAUCACGCUAUGUCUCGUUUCUUUGUAUCAGGGUACAAUUCCGAGUCUUCUUCAGAGGAAGAGGAUUUGUUGAGUUCUGGGGAGGAGGAAUUGUUAUCGUCGUCUGAGGCUGAACAAGAGGAUAGCGACUUUUUCAUUGAGGAUGAUAAUGAUGAGAGUAGUUCAGAUGACGAAGACGGGCGUCCAACAGGACCGGCAUAUUUUCUUAAGAAGUCCUUUUUGAAGGGGGUUGGACCAGAAUCCGACUCUGAGAGUGACGAUGAGGGUAGGAAGGUUGUUAAGAGUGCCAAAGAUAAGUUGUUGGACGAUAUGAAGGCUUCGAUCGAGGUGAUCAACGUCAAUAAAAGAAGCAAUAACUGGAUUGUAGUCUUGAGUGAGUUUGAAAAAUUGGGAAGAUACUUGAACAAGGCUAAUCAUCAGAAUUUCGGUACGCCUAAGUUCUAUAUCAAGUUGUUGGCAAGCUUGGAUGACUCAAUGACCGAAACUGGAAAUAACGAGAAAGAUGAUAGAACCAUGAAGGCAGACGAAGCAAGAGCAUUCAACACCUUGAGACAAAGAGUCAAGAAACAAAUGAGAGAGUUUCAAGCUUAUUUAACCUUGUACCACGAUGCUCCCGAGACGUUUGAAUCCGAAGACGAACCUUUGGAGGCGCUUGCAACAAACAAUGAGAAACAAGAACAAACCCGUGUGUUGAGUCCUAUUUUCCACACUUUGAAGCAAAUCAGUGAUUCUAGAGGUAAAAAGAAUGUUGACAAGCAAGAGCAAAUAACAACAUUGGAAGGUUUAAUAACUGAAAAGGCAAGUGUCUUUGAGCUUGUGUCCGUGUAUCAGAUGCUUUUGUCAGUUAGAUUUGAUGCAUCUUCGAACCAGGCUUUUAUGGCGUUACAUGACUGGCAAUUGAAUAACCGCGAUUUAAACAAGUUAUUGGACAUUUUAUCGAGUUCGAAAAAGUACCAGCUUAGCGAAGAAGGCCAGACAACCGAUGAUAUCGAUAUAGAACCCGUUGAAAAUGCCAAUGGGGUAAAAGUGAUUUUCGGAUCGGUUACCUCACUCAUUGACAGAUUAGACGAUGAGCUUACUAAAUCUUUGCAAAAUACCGAUCCACAUUCUAUGGAAUACGUGGAGAGAUUAAAGGAUGAGGCGAAAAUCUACAAUUUGAUAGUAAGAGGCCAGGCGUACAUUGAGUCCAUUGUUGAAAACAAACAAGAAAGCAAUCAGUUAGCAAGAGUAGUAUUAAGAAGAUUGGAACAUAUAUACUAUAAACCAAUUAUUUUAAUCCAAGCCAAUGAAGAAGAAGCCUGGAAGAACAUCAGUAAACCAUCCAAUGACGACGAGGACGACAACAACAACGACAACAAUAAUAAUAACAAUAACAUUAACAACAAAACACCGUCAGAGGUUAUUGACGAGUUGACCCAGUUUUUGCAGUCGAGUAGCCAGUUUGCAAAGCAUGCUAUACUAUAUUCCGUUUACUACUAUGCUGUUAAUGGAGACUAUACCAAAGCAAAAGAAUUAUUUUUGGCAACUCAGUUUAACCUUUCAGACUCGUCUUUGCAAGUCCAAUAUAAUAGAGCAUUGGUGCAACUUGGAUUGAGUGCAUUUAGAGCAGGUGCAAUUGAUGAAUCUCAUAAGAUACUAAACGAAAUUGUAAAUUCUCAAAGAUCAAAAGAAUUAUUGGGCCAAGGUUUCAACUCCAAGUUUCCAAGUCAGGCUACUUUAAUUGAGAAACAAAAGUUGUUGCCAUUCCACCAGCAUAUCAACUUGGAGUUGUUGGACUGUGUUUAUAUGACUUGCUCCUUGUUGAUUGAAAUCCCGGCAUUGGCAUCUAAUAAAGAUCAAAAGCGCAGAAAUGCGUCAUUGAAAUCGUUCAAGAGCAAAUUAGAGUUUCACGACAGACAGUUUUUCACUGGGCCACCAGAAAGUAUAAAAGAUCACAUUGUUCAUGCCUCCAUUGCAUUACAGAAGGGAGAUUGGUUAAAGGCUUACCAGUUAUUGUCCUCGAUAAAGAUUUGGAAGUUGAUCCCAGAUAAUGAUAAUUUGUUGGCGAUGAUGAAGAAUCAAUUACAAGUGGAGGGUUUGAGAACAUAUAUUUUCACUUACAAGUCGGUUUUCACCAAAUUGUCAAUCUCUAAGUUGAGUUCGAUCUUUGGUUUGCCUGAAGAGAAAGUUGUAUUGGUGUUGAAUAAAAUGCUCGAUUCUGGAGAUAUCAAUGGUGAGAUUAAUGAAAAUUUCAUAACAUUCACCAGCGAUACUCAGAGGUCGAAAUUACAAGAGUUGGCAAUAAUAAUGAACGAUAAAAUACAGUUGUUAUCCGAAAAGAAUGAGAAAACUUCUUUUAACGGCUAUGCUAAGAAGCCACAAAGUCAAUCACAAUCUCAAGCUCAACAGAAAGAUGUUGAAGAAAGCAGAUUUAGAUACGCUAAUAGGCUAAAGGUGUCUUCACUAUGUGAACUCUGUCAUGGCCGAAAGGCAGUUAUGAAACGACCUAAAAACUUAAUGAAACUUUGUAAAGAGUGUUUUUUUCACGUUUUUGAAACGGAAGUGCACAAUACAAUUAUUGAGCAUCAAUUGUUUGCUGCAUUAGAUAAGAACAAGGCUGUGGCGAUUGGGCUGCUGGGAGGAAAGGACUCUACUGUUUUAGCUUCUGUGAUGAAGACGCUCAACGAGAGAUAUAACUACGGACUAAACCUUGUUCUUUUGUGUAUCGAUGAAGGUAUCAAAGGAUAUCGAGAUAAUAGUUUGGAGACGGUAAAGCUAAAUCAGAAGGAGUAUGAUUUGCCUCUUGAGAUAUUGUCGUAUAAAGAGUUGUACGACUGGACAAUGGACGAAGUAGUGGCGUGUGCUGGAAUACGGUCGUCGUGCACUUACUGUGGAGUUUUGCGCCGUCAUGCAUUAGACAAGGGUGCUGAAAAGCUUGAGAUCAAUCACAUUGUCACCGGUCACAAUGCCGACGAUAUGGCGGAAACUGUUUUAUUAAAUCUACUUCGGGGAGACAUUAAUAGAAUCGAGAAUAGCACAAAGAUCAUCACGCUGUCUGAAAACUCGAGUAUCCAGCGAAGUAAGCCAUUUGCCUAUAUGUCGCAAAAGGAGAUUGUUCUUUACGCACAUUACAAGAACUUGACCUAUUUCAGUACUGAAUGUACUUAUCUGGAGGAGGCGUUUCGAGGGGAAUGCAGGAGCUUAUUUCACCAGCUUUCGUCGGUGCUUCCCAGUGUUCAUAUCAAUACCAUUUACAGUGGAGAUCAGUUGAAGAAAAAGGCAAAAGUAGCAAAAGUACUGCGCAAGUCAAAGCCAAAGAGCAAUAUAAGUAUAGAGCAAGAAAUACUUCCAGAUGGGUCUAUUGCAUUGGAAGAGACUAACAGGUGUCACAAAUGUGGUAGUUUAGCAUCGAAUAAGUUAUGUCAAGCUUGUUUUUUACUUGCAGGUCUAGAGGUGAGUAGAGCUAAGAUUGCAGUCGAAGAUGAUAGUGGAGGUGGUGAUGGCGCUGCGAAAUUGAGUAGGACCCUUGAGCAGUUAAGCUUUUAG